GAUGCUCCAAGGACUGACCCACCCAGGCGCCCCAUCACCUAUUUUCAACCAUCCCGCGCCCUCUGGAAACCUUCCUUCUUAAAAGAAAUGUCACAGCGCCUCUGGGUCUGAGCAGCAUGGAGCGUGGUCCCCUCCAGAGCGGUGCGCGGAUCUGCGUCCUGUGUUGGGACAGCACCAAUUGCCUGUCACGGAGAGACGGGGCCCCACACCGCUGAAGGACCCCUCCUUCACCUGUGCCAGGCUGGGGGGCAGGGAAUCCAGAGAGAUUGAAGAAGAUGUUUCUUACUGACACAUAGUGGACAAGAAUGUUAUUUAGUUUCCGGUGUGUGACAUACACCGUCUGGAGGACAGUCACCGUCUGCCACCAUGCAGUGUCAUCCAAGUGUCACUGGCCGAGUUCCCUCCAUGCAUGUCUUUCUGAAUGGAGUCGACUCUAUCUUUUCUUGCACGAUGUCCAUGCCGACAUGUUCUUGAGCUAGUGUGAAGGUGCAAACCAGCCACACCUUCCCCAGCCAACGUUCACUUCACCCGAGUGCCCUAGACCCCACCCCAGCGGCGGUUCAGGCUUCACCUUCCCGGCAGUCCCGUGUUUCCAGGAAGGAGGGGCCCCUCACCUCUCCCCCAGGGCUCCUGACACGCGUCGGGGAGAGAGCCUUCACCGCAGGCCUUCCGCCUGGACAGCCCAGGGGAUGACCUGGAGGGGCGGCAGGGACACGGAGGGGCAGCACGAGGGGAGGCAAGUGGUCUGGAGAUGUGGCAGUGAGAAUGUUUAAGACAAGGGCGGCCGUCUUGGGCUCCUCUUGGAGAGGCUCUGAAGGAAGGGAAGAGGCCUUCAGACUUUGCCCGGCCCAGGGUUGGCUCUACACACCCUGUCCUCUUUCUCUUUCACUCUUUCAUCGUGAAAUCCAUGUUGCCCAGGAAAGGAUGUUGAUUGAGAGCGAGAGAGACAUGGAUGCCGAUGGCCGCAGCCACACUCUGCCACCAUGGCCACCAGGCUCCUGCGGUCCCGUGUGGGAGAGGAUGCACAGAACUGUCCCCUUCUCUUCACUGCCCACCCAUCGGAGAUGGUCAGCUUUGAGGCUGAGGACGCCUUGCCUUCCAGGCACACUGAGCUCUGCAAAAACAGAAGGCUCUGGAGAGGACAACAGAAGUGGCUGCGAAUCAUCUGCUGGCGCCCCACGUGGGACAGAUAAAGAGAGGUUUUCAGAGGCUGGAGGGUGUGCGUCAGGGCCCAGCAGAGACCUCCGCCAGGUGCAGACCCAUGGGGUGCAUGGCUGGGCGGCGGCCCUAGUCGCAGACAGCGGGCAGUCCGGACCCGGGGGGCCAAGCCAUGCCUCCUCUGCUGCCCAGGGGCUGUCCCCCUCCAGCAGGGCCCCCUUGUCCCAGUGGUCUCUGCACAGGCCCCUCCAGAACCACACAGGAGAAGGGGGGCCUGUGGACGGGAGGACUGCCGGGGCCAUGGUGCCUCCGUGGAAGGACCUCGAGGGAGAGCGCGUCUGCCCCACCAACCAGCAGCCCCUGCGGGGGGCCCUGAGUGUGGAGGGUAUACCCCUCUUCUGUCCGGAUUGCCUGCUUCUGCCCACUGCCGAGGCCUCGGCCUCCGGGGUCCUCCGCCGCCCCCUGCACCGGAAGCCCUGUUCCAAGGGGGUUCUAGGCACCAGCUACCUCCGUCCCGGCCAGCCAGAGAAGGUGCUUGGCGUCCGCGAGGAGCGCAGGCCUCUUCUGCGCGGGGCGACCCCGCGGUCCCCUGAACACUGCGGGGGCUGGGAGCCGGCCACAGACGGCACGGUGGGCCUCCGGGUGCCCCAGCGUCCGUGCACUGACGGGGGUCUAGGUGCGGCUGUGCCCGGGGUGCUGCGUCCCGGGCCGGUUCAGGAAGAGGCGGAGCGGGAGAGCCUGCAGCAGGGAGCCCCCCUUGGGCAGCGGCCAGACCAGCCCAAGAACAGGCUGCUCCUGCCGGACGACAUGCUGAUCCUGGUGGCCCUGUGCCUGCAGAACUUGAAGCUCAGAGAGGAGUUCGAGAGGGCCGGCGACUCCCCGGACAGGAGCGCUCUGCAGAAUGGAGAGUGCCUGCGGCUGGAGAAGAGGAUGCUGAGCCCCCUGCUGCCGUCCUCUGGGCGGCUUGCCACCAGCUGUUUCCUGGACGGCCCAGGCUCACCCCAACCCCCAUCUCUGCCUCCCAACUCCCCCUCCUUCUGCUGGGCCAGUCCCCCAGGAGGCUGGCCCAGGAGUUUCUGGGCACCCGCAUCUCCCGAGCAGGACCCCCUGGGCUCGUCCCUGCCACUCGGACCAGAUGCCUGAGCCUUGCUCAGGCUCUCGGCUGACCCCGCACACGUCAGGCCUGAGUCCACCAUGCUGCCCGUGAGCAGACAGCAGUGCCUGCCUCUCCCCAUGUCGUGCUAGGACAGGAGCGCCCAGUCCCCCACACGCACUCCAGGGUUCUGUGACCCCUUCCCAUGAGCAGGACUGUGGCUGGACUGCGCAACAGCAAAGGGCACGGAGUGUCCCUCCGGUCACUGUGCUACCCUGUGUGGUCACUGCAGGCAGGACUCCUCGGACACGGACCGCGCUGGGCCAAUGAAGCACGCGGGCCGGGCCAGGGACCCGCAGGCGGCCACUCGACUGGCAGCAGCCUCUGGCCCUCGGCCCACAGGGAGCAGGGCCCUCAGGCCAGGGCUGCAAAAGCACGAGUUCUGCCUACAGUGUGAGCCCCUCCCAGACACUCCGACCCCGACACCGUGACAGCGGUCCCCGCUCCUGCCCACGGCGUCAUCCUGCCGUCCCGGACACUCGGAAGCCGACAGUGGUCCCCGGCCGGGCUUGGACCCGAACCCCCAUGUCCACGUGUGUGAUGAGUCUGGUGCGCCCUUGCCCUUGGCUCUGCAGGAACCUGGCCGGGGGCUCAGCUGCACGGGCCUUGUUCUCUCAAGUGCACGGUGGGGCUGCUCCCGCGGGCACCACCGCACGGGGUGCUGGGAGGAUUAAAUGAGUGAACACCUAGAACAGUUCGUGUGUGUGCGAGCUCUCCCUCUGAGCCUGGCCCCUCCCCCGGGGCCAUCACUUCCCUGUGAGGCCUGGUUGUGGCAGAAAACCCCUUUUCCUUCUUUAC